GCUGCACCAACCUCGACCAUCUCUUUCGACGGCGUAGUCCGACUCCAACAACAUGAAGGUCAAUAUUGCUAACCCCGCGACGGGCGCGCAAAAGCUCGUCGAUGUUGAGCAUGAGCGCAACUACCGCAUCUUUUAUGAUAAGCGCAUGGGUCAGGAGGUUCCGGCCGACUCUCUUGGUGAUGAGUGGAAGGGCUAUGUCUUCCGUGUUACAGGCGGCAACGACAAGCAGGGUUUCCCGAUGAAGCAGGGUGUCCUCCUCCCCCACCGUGUUCGCCUUCUCCUCGCCGACGGUCACUCCUGCUACCGCACCCGUCGCACGGGCGAGCGCAAGCGCAAGUCCGUCCGUGGUUGCAUCGUUGGCCCCGAUAUUGCUGUCCUUUCCGUCGUCAUUGUCAAGAAGGGUGAUGAAGAGAUCCCCGGUCUUACCGACACCGUCCUUCCCCAGCGGCUCGGCCCCAAGAGGGCGACCAAGAUCCGCAAGUUCUUUAACCUUUCCAAGGAGGAUGAUGUGAGGAAAUUCGUUGUACGGAGAGAGGUGAAGAGCCAGAAGAAUCCGGAGGCUAAGCCAUACAAGAAGGCACCUAAGAUUCAGCGUCUCGUUACCCCCCGCCGCCUACAACGUCGCCGUCACCUCCGCUCCAUCAAGAAGCGGAGGACGGAGCUCCAGAAGGAGCAGAAAGCCGAUUACGAUGUUCUGCUUGCCAAGCGCGUCGCCGAGCGGAAGGCGAAGGUCCUGGCUCAUCGUCAUGCCGUUCACGAGAAGGCGGCCCACGCUCACACCGCAUAGGGCGUCGCGUCGGGCUCGAUUGGCGUUGGUUCUGAGUGUUGGCGGUGGUUCGACCGCGGGAAAAGGGUGCAUGGGGCGGGCAGCUGUGUCUGUCUAGUAGGGAUAUUACGUGUGAUAUGCAGUCCUAUGCCCAUGUGUCUAAUGCACUAUCAUCACAUCC